CCCCCUCCAUGAUGCACGUGGUCACCCCCAGAGUCUGGAACAGCCCACUGGGUCCUGGGCACCCAGUAUACGAAAGAGGAGGAAGAAGGAACUGUUUUUACUGACACUACCUUCACCUGGACACCCCUGUGGGCGAGGCCUCACGACCUCAGACAGAAUAAAAGGAGCAACGGGGUGAGACACAGCAUCACUGACACCUGAUCUCUGAAAGCAUCUAAAAUCUUCGCAGCCUUGACACACAGAGAUGCAUCUCUCUGUUCUCUUUGUGCUGGGCGUCUCCCUGGUGCACAUUCACUCCAAACCAGCAGGACAAUAUUUCAGCAGUAGUCUGGUUCAGCAGUGUUUUGAGGAUGCAAAGACAUUGGUGGAUAAUGCAUACAAGUACUCCAGAGAAGAGAGUCUGAGACGAGUCCGCAAGGAAAUUGUGCGUCCCCACGAUGCCCUCCGCCUCCUCAAGCAGCCUCGCGCUGGCACUCGAAUGGCUGUGAGAUCUGCAGACUACAUGGCACAGACCCUCCGUCUGCUGCACGAGAGGUCGCCACACAUUCAUAAACGCUCCCUCAACGCAACAGAUUUGCUCACAGAAGAAGACCUGACGAAGCUUUCUGAAAUAACCGGAUGUGCAGCUCGGGUCACUUUUCCAGAGUGUCGCACCACACCAAACAUUAACAAAUAUCGCACAGCCACCAGCGUCUGCAACAACGUGAAAAACCCUCGCUGGGGAGCUUCCAACACCCCCUUCAACCGCUGGCUUCCUGCUGAAUAUGAUGAUGGCAUCUCCGAACCGAAGGCCUGGAACCCAAACAGAACCUUCAACAACUUCAUGCUCCCACUGGUGCGACAGGUGUCAAAUAACAUCCUAGCCACAACAGAUGCCGGUGUGGUCAGUGAUGGAGAAUUCUCUCACAUGGUGACCUUGUUUGGGCAGUGGAACGACCACGAUGUCACCUUCACACCAUUCUCCCCAAGCAUCGUCUCCUUCAGCAACGGGAUCGACUGUGAAGAAAGCUGCGAGAAAACUGAGCCAUGCAUCCCCAUCCCGAUCCCUCCUGGUGACCCCCGCCUGCCCACCGGUCCAGAAAGCUGUUUCCCUUCCUUCCGAUCCGCCCCAGUUUGUGGAACAGGAUUCUCGGCAUACAACUUUGGUGGAGAACCUGAAAAGAGGGAGCAGAUCAACGCUCUGACAGCCUUCCUGGAUCUCGGCCAGGUGUACGGCUCUGAGGAGAGUCUCGCCUUGAAUCUUCGCAACCUGAGCAGUGAUGAUGGCCUGCUGCGCGUGAACACAGAGUUCAGAGAUAAUGGGCGUGAGCUGCUGCCAUUCCACUCGAUGGAAAUGAACAUGUGCGCCACUCGCAAAAGAGUCACCAAUGACUCCAACGCCAGAGAGGUGCCCUGUUUUAUUGCAGGUGACGUCCGUGUUGAUGAGAACAUUGCUCUGACUUCCCUUCACACACUGUUCAUGCGAGAGCAUAACCGCCUGGCUCGUCAGCUGAAGAGAUUAAACCCACACUGGGACAGCGAGACCCUCUACCAAGAGGCCCGCAAGAUCAUGGGUGCCUACACACAGGUGUUUGUGUUCAGGGACUACCUGCCUCACAUUGUAGGUGGCCAAGCAAUGCGCACUCUGCUGGGUCGCUACCCCGGCUACGAUCCCAAUGUUGACCCCAGCAUUGCCAACGUCUUUGCAACAGCAGCUUACCGCUUUGCCCACCUGGCCAUCCAGCCACUUCUGUCUCGUCUUGAUGCAAAUUACAGGGAGCACCCUCAGUUCCCCAGCGUCCCCCUGUUUGAAGCCUUCUUCACCCCCUGGAGAGUUAUCUUUGAGGGUGGUAUUGACCCCCUGCUCCGUGGUUUGGUUGGCCGCCCUGCUAAACUGAACACUCAGGAUCACAUGAUGGUGGACGCCCUAAGAGAAAGGUUGUUCCAGUUUGUGCAGCAUCUGGCUCUGGACCUGGGCUCUCUCAACAUGGAAAGAGGACGUGACCAUGGCCUGCCUGGCUACAAUGCGUGGCGCCGAUUCUGUGGCCUGUCUGCACCCAGAAACCAGGCGCAGCUUGCUCAGGUCCUGAACAACACUGACCUGGCCAGAAGGCUGCUGCAGCUCUAUGGUACACCUGAAAACAUUGAUAUCUGGCUGGGUGGAGUGGCAGAGCCGUUUGUGGAGGGUGGCCGUGUUGGACCUCUGUUUGCCUGCCUCAUUGCACAACAGUUCAAGAGGAUCCGCCAAGGUGACAGACUUUGGUACGAGAAUCCCGGCGUUUUCACCGCACGUCAGAGAUCAGCUCUGUCCAGGGCUUCAUUAUCAAGGAUUAUUUGUGACAACACUGGAAUCACAUCCAUUACCCAGGACCCGUUCAGUGUGAUUACACGCAGGAACCGACUUGUUAGCUGUUCCAACAUUACGAGACUGGACCUGUCGGCCUGGAGGGAGAGGUGUUCAGACUCGGGUGGUAGCUGUAAUGAAGUCAGUGCAACAAAGACUGUGAUGGACUCGGAAUCCGCGGACCAAGAGGACCAAGAGGUCCUCCAGGCCCUCGAGGACAACGAGGUCCAGUAGGACCCCCAGGGCCCAGAGGUCCCCCUGGACCAACAUCACUCAACCUUAAUGCUUCACAGCCAAAAUCUGCCUUCUCUGUUCUCCUGGGCAAGUACAUCUCCACCUCAGACAGAAUCAUCCAUUUCCAUCA